CUCUUAAACCAACAGUGUAUAUAUACCAUAUAGUACCACCACUGACAGAGCACUCACAAUCAAAACAAAAGUGAUCUCUAAUUUCACUCAGAAAAAUCAUCCAAGUUUAAGCCAUGUCAAGCACAGCUGGUCAGGUCAUUAAGUGCAAAGGUGAGCCAGCCACCACACUCUUCCACUUUUUUUAUAGAUACUACAGUACAUAGGUAGGAUUAUAUAUUUCCGAUGGCUUCUGUGGACACAGUAAACGCUUCCUCCUCCUCUCUUCCCUUUAACAAUGUCUUUUCUGAAGACAGAAAGAAAUACGAUGUCUUUCUCAGUUUCAGAGGCAGCGACACCCGCAAUAACUUUACAGACCUUCUAUUCGCUGGGAUGAAUCAGAAAGGCAUAUCCACAUUUAGGGAUGCUGAACGGUUCGAACGAGGAAAAUCCAUUGCUGAGGAGCUAUUCAUAGCAAUAGAAGAAGCAAAAUUUGCUGUCGUCAUUCUCUCGAGAAACUACGCUUCUUCCCGUUGGUGCUUGGCUGAAGUAACAAAAAUCGUUGAAUGUAUGGAAAAGAAGAAGCUGAUAGUUCUGCCAAUUUUCCAUUAUGUGGAUCCUCAUGAUGUGCGGAAUCAGAGAGGGGCUUUCGCUGAUGCCUUUGCCAAACAUGAAGAGCGUUUCAAAGAUAGCACAGAGGUUGUGUCUUUGUGGAGAUAUGCUUUGACAAAAGUUGCUAAUAUUCCUGGAUGGGUUUUAAACUACGGCGAUCCGGAGUCGCAAUUGAUUGAUGAGUUUAUCGAAUCACUCUGCAACCUCAGCAAUCAGAUGCCGGAAGAUGGUUCCACCAAUUGGGAUUUACCACCAAGAUUUGAUGAUUCACCAGAUGAAGCAGAUGAUGAUGCAGAUGAGAUGGUGCAGGAUUAUGUAGCUGAUUUGCCACUGGAAGCUCAUGUGGUACCAGAUGAUGUAGCUGAUGUGCCACAGGAAGCUCAUGUGGUGGAGGAUCAUGUUGCUAAUUUGCCACAGGAAGCUCAUGUGGUAGAGGAUCAUCAUGUUGCUAAUUUGCAACAGGAAUGCGCAAUUUGUGUCACUAAUGCAAGGGGCAUGGCUUUUCUCUGUGGGCACACGACAUGUGUGGAAUGUGGGGAAAGAUUGGACAGAUGUCCCAUUUGCCGGGAACGGAUCAUUUACCGUAUCAGGUUGUUCUUGGAGUGACCAUGCCCAGAGAAUUAAAUUUAAACUAGAUUGCACAUGGUCAGGUGUUUAUCAAAGAUUGUCGAUGGUGUUGUCUUCCUUGUGUGUUGUAUGAUUGUGUCAUAAAUGUCUAUUGUUCUUUUCCAUUAUUGGAGGAUAUUUUUCUAUAAAAUGAUAGGUAUAAACUCCAUCAAAUGUUUGUGGCCACACUGUUGCGGCUCGGUUUUGUCUUCCUUGGUAUAGUAUUAUUUGGAAUGUUAAAUAUGAUA